GGGGCGCGUGUGAACGAGUCCGGACGCGUGUCCGCGGAACCCGUGCCUGCCGCGGGGUCGUGUGCCAGGAGGAGGGGGCUGGCCGGCCGCCUCGGGCUCCUUGUCCCAGCUCCGCCCCGUCCUUCUUCCGGGCGCUGGGGACGAUGCGUGCCGGGCCUGGAUCGCGCUCCUCCUCCUCCCUCCUGUUUUUGUCUCCCAAUAGCCUUGCGAGGUUGAAAUAUGUCCCGGGUCCCUUUGGGGAAAGUCCUGCUGCGAAAUGUCAUUCGUCACACAGAUGCACAUAACAAGAUUCAGGAAGAGUCAGAAAUGUGGAAAAUACGAGAGAUGGAAAAGCAGACUGAAGAAAUACAUUGGGGCAAGCAAAAGAGUUCACUUUCCAAUUCUUCCAGUAGCCGGAUGCGUAGCGAUGGCUUCGAUGAGGAAAGCCAACACGCUGGCUGGAAGGUGAAGAACUUUGCUCCUGUAUCGGUGGCGACGGAAGAUGACCUCCGCCAUGCCCGAUACUGGAACAAGAAGCUCUACGAAUGUGAAGCCAGCAUGCCAGACAGAUGGGGCCAUAGUGGCUACAAAGAACUGUAUCCAGAAGAAUUUGAUACAGACAGCGAUCACCGGGAGCGAGACGAACAGAAUUCUGUGAACGGAAAAAGAAAAUCUCAGCCUGGGAGACGUUCUUCUCUUGACCCGCACAAAAAGAAGAAGACCAAAAAGUCACACAAGAAGAAGCGGAAAAAGAAAUCGCACAAGAAGCGCAAGAAGAAGAAACAGGAGCAGCCGAGCACAGCAUCAGAUUCUUCCCAAGAAUCGGAAUGUUCCGAGGCAGGCGCUUCGGGCACAGGGAAGCAGAAGCGGCGCCACAAAAAGGCCAGGAAGGUCCUAGCCAAGCAGCCCGCCUCUUCCUCAGGGCAGGACAGUGACUUCAGCAGCUCACAGGGCAGUGAGCCCAAGGAGAAGCCGGAGAAGCAGCCGAAGAAAAAGCGGAGGAAACGCUGUGCUUCCCCCUUGGAAAGAUGCAGUGAAGGCGUACAGGAGAAACGCAGCAAGAGGAAGAACUGGAAAGUGGCAGCUGACGAGAAUUCGGAGGACAGCUCUGAGGAGGAUUAACAAAAAGGAACCAGCUCUGCCUGUGUUUGGACUUAUUUUACAAGAGAACAGGGCUCUCUGGCUAAUGCAGUCCUCUCGGAGCAAAGUGAGGCCUGAACCAGCUCUGCAAACCUCAGGAUCUUGUGGGAGGCAGGCUUCUGUUUCCCCCCUGCCUGAAAGUAGCCAUGGAAAGAAAGCAACUCCUGCCCAGGACUGUUUGCCCACUCCAGAUUCCAGCUAAAUACAUGACUACACAAACCCUUCAUUGUCACGUGGUACUCUUGGGAGUGGCUCAGAAGGGAACUUGGGACUUGAGGCUCCCUCCCUAUUUUUUAAAAAAUCUAUUUUCAAUGGCCAAUAUGUAAAAUAUUAUUGCAAUAAAUAACGGAGACACA